AUGGCCAGGUGUUUCCCUUUCUCUUCAUUUGUGAGCCAGAGCACCCCUACUGUCUCUCCAAAGCCCUCUUCAGCGCUGAUGAUCGAAGAGGAAGCCCCGGGACCUUCAGCCAUCUGGAUACCUCCUAGUUCACCUCUGAGGAUUCAAGGCCAAAAGAGGAAACAUUCUGACUGGAUACCUACAGGAACCCAGGACAGGUGGGCUGUAAAGAGCAUGUUUGGUCUCAAAAUGCAGUUGAAGAGACGCAGGGUGUCCACAGUGCGGCCUGAGGAUUACAAGGCCUUCAAUAGGCUGCUAGGGGAUCCUGUUGUCCAGAACUUCCUGGCCUGGGACAGAAAACUUCGGGUGUCAGACAAGUAUCUCUUAGCAAUGAUCAUAGCCUACUUUGCUCGGGCUGGCCGACCUUCCUGGCAGUACCAACGCCUCCAUUUCUUCCUGGCUUUAUAUCUGGCCAAUGACAUGGAGGAAGAUCGCCAAGGGCCAAAGCAUGGAAUGUUUGUCUUUCUCUAUGGCCAGGACCGCACUCAACGUGCUAAGUUCCAGUGGCUUCGGGCCCAGCUCUUCCGGGCCAUUGGUUGGAAGGCAUGGGUUACGAGGGAGGAGUGUGAGGAGAUUCAGGCAUAUCAGCCUGGACAUUGGGUAUGGAAGCGUGAUCGCACUCUCCUUCAAUAGAGCUCCCAUGUAAGGAGACUAAGAGCAGUGGCUGGAGGCAGGAACAGCAGAGGAAGGUCCUCAUCUGAGUAGAACAGAGAUGACAUGAGAAGAUGGUCCAUUCAGGAAUGGUUUGAAGGAGCUGUCACUCCCUCUGCUUACUGCUUCAGAGGUCCUAAUCUAGCCAACCUUAUAGCAAAACCAUCAGACCCAGUU